AUUACAGCUAAAAUGGUGUAGCAGAAUUUUGUAAACAAAUGUGUACGCGUAAUGCGCUUUUAUCAUUAAGUACGUUAAACAGUUACUCUUUGGGAAAUUAUUUUAUUAUUAAUUUACACUGUUUACAGUUUGCCCUGUUAUCUUAUUCUUGUACACACACAUUACUAGUAAAUCUACAUUGAUGUUAGUUUUACUCUCAGAGUGAGAGCAUUUUAGUCUUUAGUGUCAUACAGGAGGAGGCGUGGCUUUCUGCAGGUUACGGGGUUGCAGGCAGCAUGGCGGCGACCGUGUUGAGGAGUAUUGGGUCAAACUUAUCAAAGAAUCUGCGAGAAAUUCGCAUUCAUCUAUGUCAGAAAUCUCAGGGUAGUCAAGGUGUGAGAGACUUCAUUGAGCAGCACUAUGUGACUUUAAAGAAGGCAAACCCAGAGUUUCCAAUCUUGGUCAGAGAGUGUUCAGGGAUACAACCCAAACUGUGGGUUCGAUAUGAGUUUGGCAAGGAGAAAAGCAUGCCACUGAACAACCUGAAUUCCAAUCAAGUUGCAAAAGUUUUGGAAUCUCUUGUGAACAACAAAAUGUGAACCACAUCAUCAGAAUAACAUGAAUGACAUUUACCGCAGCAUCUCUUUACAACAUAUUGUAUUAAGAAAUUCAUAUCCUAUGUUAGUGGGGAAAUUCUGCAUAAAUAAGCAUUUUGACCAUUGCUCUAAUAAAUGUACUUGAUUUGGA